UCACCAUAAAAGAUCGACCCAGUCCUUGAUUUUGCCCCCAUUUCAGAACCCAGUUUCCAAUCUCCCAAUCCAAUGAAACCCAUGUUGGGGAUUUUGAUUUCGGUCUUGGUCUCUGUUUUCUGUUCCAUAGCCGAAUCCAAAUGUAGCAAAGAAUGUGAUUUAGCUUUAGCUUCAUACUACGUGUGGGAGGACUCAAAUCUCACCUUCAUAGCGAAGGUUAUGCAAUCUGACCUUAAUAUUACACCUGAUACGAUUGUAAGCUACAACAAGCAGAAGAUACCCAACAAAGACAGUGUUGGACAGGAUAUAAGAAUCAAUGUUCCAUUCCCAUGUAAUUGCAUCAAUGAUGAGUAUCUGGGUUACGUGUUUGAUUACACGGUUAGGACCGGGGACACGUACACGACGGUGGCGCAGACGUACUACGCGAAUCUGACCACGUACCAGUCGUUGCAGACGAAUAAUAGCUUUGACCCCAAUAUGAUACCCGAUGUGAAUACGAGGUUGAAGGUUCCGGUGACAUGUUCGUGUGGGAGCAGCUCGGUUUCGAGGGAAUACGGGCUGUUUAUUACUUAUCCGCUUCGGCCGAAUGAGACUGUCGAAAAGGUUGCGGCGGAGACGGGCUUUAAUUCUACGACGUUGCUGCAGAGUUACAACCCGGGUGUGGAUUUCAGCCAAGGGAGUGGUUUGGUGUAUAUUCCAGGCAAAGAUCAAAAUGAUACUUAUCCACCUCUGGCAUCAAGCAAAAGCGGAUUAGCGGGCGGAGUUAUUGCUGGCAUAGCUAUAGGAGGAGUAGCUGGUGUGCUGUUCAUUGCAGCUUGUAUAUAUCUUGGAUAUUACCGAAAGGAGAAGGUGGAGGCACAGUCGCUCUUAGCGCUAUCUGAGGAUCUAUCUGCUCAGAAUGAGCAUGGGCUUGGAAGUAGCUUCGAGAAAGAAGUAACUGGUGCUGGUGGUGGUCCAGCUCCAGGUCUUACAGGCAUAACUGUGGACAAAUCAGUAGAGUUCUCAUAUGAAGAACUUGCUACAGCUACUGAUAACUUCAGUAUGGCUAAUAAGAUUGGUCAAGGUGGUUUUGGGGCUGUUUAUUAUGCAGAGCUGAGAGGCGAGAAAGCUGCAAUCAAGAAGAUGGAUAUGCAAGCAUCCAAAGAAUUUCUUGCUGAAUUAAAGGUUUUAACACGUGUUCAUCACUUGAACCUGGUGCGCUUGAUUGGAUACUGCGUUGAGGAUUCUCUUUUCCUAGUCUAUGAAUUUAUUGAGAAUGGCAACUUAAGCCAGCAUUUGCGUGGCUCAUCAGGGAGGGACCCACUGCCAUGGUCUGCUAGGGUGCAAAUUGCCCUUGAUUCCGCCAGAGGUCUUGAAUAUAUCCAUGAGCAUACUGUUCCUGUUUAUAUCCAUCGUGAUAUUAAAUCAGCAAAUAUAUUGAUAGACAAGAACUUCCGUGGAAAGGUUGCAGAUUUUGGAUUAACUAAACUGACUGAAGUUGGAAGUACAUCACUCCCCACACGUCUUGUGGGAACAUUUGGAUACAUGCCACCUGAAUAUGCGAAAUAUGGAGAUGUUUCUACCAAAGUAGAUGUAUUUGCUUUCGGAGUUGUCCUUUUUGAACUUAUUUCUGCCAAGGAGGCUGUGGUCAGGGCUAAUGAUUCUCCUUCCGAAUCUAAGGGCCUCAUUGGUUUAUUUGAGGAUGUUCUUAAUCAGCCUGAGCCUAAAGAACACCUACGCAAACUAGUUGACCCUCAUCUUGGGGAUGACUACCCAUUUGACUCUGUCUGGAAGGUCACCAUGCUUGCCAAUGCGUGCACACACGAAAAUCCGCAAAUACGUCCGAGUAUGAGAUCUAUAGUGGUUGCCCUGAUGACACUUUCAUCCACAACAGAGGAUUGGGAUGUCGGCUCCUUCUACAAUAAUCAAGCUAUGGUCAAUCUAAUGUCGGGAAGGUAGAACCUGGACAGUGCAAUCUUACAUUAUGGAAAGGUUUUUGGGGCGAGUAUGACCAACAUGAAGCCAUUCCAGACAUGUAGAUUGUAAAUGCUUAUAGUUGAGACUGUUGGGAGGGUUUGUAAAUUGUAUUUAUUGGUUGAUUAAUGUAAUAAAAACGUAUUGAUCAUGCUAGAUUAUCUUGAUUUGUCACAUAAAAUUGAAGUGUAGGUCUAAGGUUUAUCCAACAGGGGUAGAUACACGAAGUGGUCCUCUUUUAGAGGGGCUCCUCGUCAUAAAGCAGAAGCCUGUAAUUUCUGCAUUAAAAUUUUAAACUGAGGCUACGAAAGUCUUGUGAUAGCUGCUAUGCAUAUUUGCCAAAUUAUGGAGGUUCCCAUGGAAGUAAUGUCAAAAUUAUUUAUUUUUUAUUA